AUAGUUUUCUUAUCAGUAAACGUCAGUCAUGAAAUGUUCUAUGAAAAUUUGUAAAGAAAUACUUAUCCAAAUUGCCGUCUAGAUGGGAAAGUCGCUGGAUGUCCUGGCCUUUGGGGCUGUUACCAUUGAAUACAUUUCACAUGUGGAGAAGCUGCCGAAACCCGGGGAAAUCGUAACCGGAUCCUAUAUGGAGACGUGUUUCGGCGGCAGGGCGGCCAACCAGUGUGUAGCCGCCGCCAAACUGGGGGCCUCCACGGCUCUGGUGGCCAAAGUGGGCAAGGAUAAAUCCGGCGACGAAUACCUGGAAUACCUAGAGAAUCUAUCGGUGGAAGUGAAGCACAUACGCCAGGUGAAGGACUGUCCCACGGGCAUGAGUGAGAUCGCCGCUUCGGAGGAGGGCGAGUUCUACACGAUCAAUGUGCCCGGUGCGAAUGCCUCCCUCUCCAGCAAGGACGUGAGUAAUGCAAAGAAUGCUUUCAAAAGGGCAAAAGUCCUCCUCUGUCAACUGGAGACAAACAUGCGGCUUACGACGUACGCCUUGCGUCAGUUUAAGGGAUUCUCUAUUCUGCAUGUUUCACCCCUGCGACCGGAUAUACCCGAUGACCUCAUAAAGUUACCAAGCAUUUUGGUGGCGAACGAGUUAGCCGCCGCCCAGCUGGCUGAUAUGGAGAAGGUGGAGACCUUGCAGCAGGCCAGGCAGGCGGCCGAGACCAUCCUCUCCAAGGGAGCAAAGAGCGUGAUCAUAACAAUGGGGGACCAGGGUGCAGUUCACAUGACAAAGGACAAAAAGGACAAGGCCAAGAACAAGGACAAGGCCACGGACAAGCAAGAAGACAAAGACAAGGAGCUCGUAUGCACCCAUGUUCCAGCCGCCGAUGUGCCCAACCUGGCGGACCGCUCUGGUGCCGGUGAUGCCUUCGUGGGCAGCUUGGCCUAUCACAUAACCCGCUUUCCAAAACUCCCACGGGAGCACCACAUCGCUGCUGCACAUUCUUGUGCCGCCCAAUCGAUGGGCAAGUUGGGCACUCAGCCCAGUUUCCCGGGAAAGGAAGGGGCGAAAAACGAUCUAUGCAUGACUACGCCCACCUACAAUGUCCUUCGAGAUGAAGAUCCAAGAGAUUCCUCGGAUUCUAAGCCAUCACCACCUCCUUCUCCUCCUCCUCCAGCUGCUGUCGCUGAAGAGCGUUCGUCAGCAGAUCCGCCCCCUAAGCAACCUUCAUCAGCUCGGGAAACUAUCAAUGAGGCCCCAGAGGAACCUGAAAAGAAAGCAAAAUCCAAGAAAAAAUUUGGGAAAUCAAAGCUAGAGGAAUAAAAGCCACCUGACUUGAAGCAAAUUUUAAUGAAAUCCAUCAUAGAACAGUAAUAUGCUUUUUAGGAAAUUUACCGAAAAUUUUAAAAAUUUAAUUGUCAAUUUCUGAUAUUUCUUUAAAUAUUAAGAGGUUUAGAAAUUAUGUAAAAAGGUCUAUAAAUUAAAGAACACUGCACAUUAUUUUCAUGUUA